CCGUCACGGUAGCCCCGCCCUAGAUUUUGUUCGCCGUGGUAGAGACUGUCAGAACAGAACCAAGCGGGCUUGGUGAGGUGUAGCGGCGUAAGCUUUUAGCUUGUGUUUUGGUAACACACAGAGGCAACGCAACGCAACGCGACGCCAUGCUCAGACGGAUACUGCAGCGGACUCCUGGAAAAGGUGGUUCGCAGGGUUCGGACUCUGACCAGCAGGCUGCCGACAUCAACAACGAGACUUCCGAGGGCUUCAUCUGUCCCCAGUGCAUGAAGUCCCACAACUCGGCCGAGGAGCUCUUCAAGCACUACGAAGUGUUUCACGAGGCAGGGGACCAUGCGCCAUCCAGGGAGGAUCUGGUUCUGUUGCGGCAGGAAGUGCAGGACCUGCAUACCUCGCUCAAGGAGGAAAGAUGGUUUUCUGGAGAGCUGAAGAAGGAACUGGACAAAGUUCAAGGACAACUGAAGCAAAGCACCCAGAAUGACGGCCAAGUGAGCACCAACGAAUCAGAGCUGGAGUUGAAACUCCAUGAGGCUGAGACGGAGAAGUUCAAUAUCAAGCAGAUGAAGGACCUGUUUGAGCAGAAGGCUGCCCAGUUGGCCACUGAGAUUGUAGACAUAAAGUCCCGCUACGAUGAGGAGCGGAGCCUGCGGGAAGCCGCGGAGCAGCAGGUGUCCAGGCUGACCCAAGAAGUGCAGAAGGAGCGGAAGCACAAGGAGGACCUCCACACAGAGCUGAUGCAGCGUCCAGGUGUGGAGGAUGUGGCAGUGCUGAAGAAGGAGCUGAUCCAGGUGCAGACGCUGAUGGAUAAUAUGACACGGGAGAGAGAGGAGGAAUCGGAGCGGCUCAAGGGACAGUUUGAGCGGUUGAAGGCUGACCACAAUGCCGCUGAGAUCCGUGAACUAGAGGCGACUAUCUCCCAGUUACGUGCCGAGUUGCAGAGGGGUCCCCAGGAAGCAGCGGUGUACACCCAGCAGAUCCACCAGCUCCAGCAGCAAAGUCAGAGCCUGUCUGAGAAGCUGGGUCGCAAGGAGAAGGAGUACCAGGAGCUGGAGGAGCACCUGCACAGUGAGCAGGCCAGCAGGAAGGCUGCACAGACCAGCUUGCAGCAGCGAGAACUGGAGCUACAGCAACUUCAGGUCCAGUCUUCUGCCACGCAAGCGUCUCUGCAAAGGGCCCAGACUGAGCUGGAGGAGCGGGGAGAGGCAGGCGGUCGGCUGAGGCAGGAGCUGGCCGAGCUGGAGCUGCAGCACCAGCAGCUGAAGGCUGAGUUCAAACAGCUGCAGCAGCAGAAGGAGGAACGGGAACAGCAAAGCCUCCAGCAGCAGAGUGAGAUCAAGCAGUUACACUGCAAACUACUAGAGGCAGAGCGGCAGUUAGGGGAGGUGCAGGGCCGUUUGAAGGAGCAGAGGCAGCUGUCUGCGGACAAGCUGAAGGAUCGUGAGCAGCAGGUUGCUGAACUGCAGCUCAAACUUUCUCGAGCUGAGGAACAGGUGAAAGAACGAGAGAGCAAGGCUACGGACCUGCAGCACCAGCUGGAGAAGGCUCGGCAGCAACACCAGGAGAUCCAGUCGCUGCAACAGACCACGACGGGCAAGCUGAGAGAAGCGCAGAAUGACUUGGAGCAGGUUCUGCGUCAGAUUGGAGACAAGGACCAAAAGAUCCAGAACCUGGAAGCGCUGCUGCAGAAGAGCAAGGACAGUGUGGGCCAGCUGGAGGCAGAGCGCGAGGACCUUUGUGCUAAGAUCCAGGCUGGUGAGGGCGAGGCAGCGGUGCUGAGCCAGCUGCAGGAGAAGAACCACCUCCUACAGGAGCAGGUCACAAAACUGACAGAGCAGCUGAAGAACCAGUCUGAGAGUCACAAGCAGGCCCAGGAGAACCUCCACGAGCAGGUUCAGGAGCAGAAGACACACCUUCGGACAGCGCAGGAUCGCUGUCUGGCACUUGAGAGUUCUAAUGCAGAGCUUUCUAACCAACUCAGUGAAAGUAAAGAGCGACUGGCACAGCUGGAUGCCCAGCUCAAGGCCAAAACGGAGAUGCUUCUGUCUGCAGAGGCUGCAAAGACUGCUCAGAGAGCAGACCUGCAGAAUCACUUGGAGACAGCCCAGCAUGCGCUGCAGGAUAAGCAACAGGAGCUGGUGAAGACCCAUAGCCAAAUGGAGGAGCUGAGCCGCAAGUUGCAGGAGAAGCAGGAGCUAUACGGCCAGCUGGAAGCCAGCCUGAAGGAGUGUCGAGACAAGCUGCUGACAUCGGAGCAGGAGACUGAGCGACUGGAAACCCAGCUCAAGAAACUGGAUGCAGAGGCACAGAAGCUCAAGACGAGUCGGGACCAGGCCCAUUCAGACUUGCAGCAGCUCCGCCAGCAAAGCACCGAGGCCGGUAACAAGAUAAAAGACCUCAGCUGCCAGUUGGCCACGGAAAAAGAGAGUGUGGUUGCACUCCAGGAUGACCUAAAGAAGAAGAAUGCUGCCCUGGAGACCACACGGCAGGAGCUGGAGCAGCGCAAGAAGGAGAAGAGUGGCCUGCAGCAGAGCCUUGACCAGCUUUCCCGAGAGGCACAAACGAGACAAGCUGAACUGGACCAGAAGCUUCAGAACCUGGCAAGAAGUCAGCAGAAGGCCCAGCAGGAGAAGGAAGCCCUGGACAAGGAGCUCUCGGCUGCCAAGGAGAACUUGAGCAAGGCCCAGGCAGAGCUGGACACGGAACGGAAGAAGGCCACGGUGUCUUUGGAGAAGCAGGAGAAGUCCUUCCAGCAGUCCAGAAUGGAGCUACAGAAGAAAGUAGAGGCUGCGGCAAAAGAAGUAACUGAGGUCAAAGGGCAACUGCAACAGAGGGAAGAGACAGAAAAGGGGCUGAAGUCGCAGCUGUCUGCCCUCAAUGAAAAGUUGGUGCAGAUGCAGGCAACAGUGAAGGAAAAGGAAACGGCUGCGCAGAAACUUGGGGAGGAGCUGAAGAGCACUCGGUCCUCCUCCCAGCAGGCAGUGCAGAAGCUGGAGAAAAGUCUGGCCGAGCUGCAAACAAGCCACGCGGAGCAGGUGGGGCAGGAUGCGAAACUGAAGCAGCAGCUGGCAGCUCUGUCCCAGGAACUUAGUGCCGGAAAGACUCAGUAUGCCGAGCUGCAGAAGAAUUGUGACCGAAUUAAAGAGAGCCAGGCUCAGCUGCAAUCUGACUACUACGGCAAGGAGUCCGAGCUUCUGGCUGUGCAACAGGACCUUAAGGCCUCUCAGGAAAAGCUGGCUCUGGCUCAGGAGGAACUGGUGGCCGGUCGGAACCAGCUGAGCCGCCAUGAGACGCACAUUCACGAGCUGACUUCCGCCCGAGCAGCGCUGGAGCAGGAGGGAGCGAGGAAGCAGGAGCGGCUUGACCAGCAGCAGGAGGCCCUGAAGGAGCUACAGCGGCAGGAGGGGCUCACAAGGCAGGAGCUGAACAGGGAGAGGGCCAGGGCUGAGGAGCUGAUGGACACCAAGAGCAGGCUGGAGAAGGAGGUGAACCAGCUCACUGCAGACAUGAAAAGCAGUGCAGAGCGCUGGGAGAAGGAGGUGAAGGAGCUGCGGGAGGCCAAGCAAUUACUGAUCCAGCAGAAGCUGGAGAUGCAGGGGCGGGUGGAGAACGUUCAAGCUGCCCUGGAGCAAGAGAAGCAGGAGCACCAGGUUACGCGGGAGAGCAUCCGGCAGCGGGACGAGACGCUGAAGGCAGAGAAGGCCAAGAUGGAGGCUCAGCUGGCAGUGGAACAGAAGGCAAAGGCGGAGCUUAUAAAGGGCCACGAGGAGGCAGAGUCCAAGCAGGCCAUGCAGAUCACGGCGCUGAACGAGAACAUGUCGACGCUGAAGCGCGAGUGGCAGAGCAGCCAGCGCCGCGUGGGAGAGCUGGAGAAGCAGACAGACGAGCUGCGGGGUGAGAUCGCUGUACUGGAAGCAACGGUGCAGAACAACCAGGACGAGCGGCGUGCCCUGCUGGAGAGGUGUGUGAAGGGUGAGGGGGAGAUAGAGAAGCUGCAGGCCAAACUGGUGGAAUUGCGCCGCAAGCUGGACGACACGACGGCUGCAAUGCAGGAGCUGGGCAGGGAGAACCAGUCACUUCAGAUAAAACAGUCCCAGUCUCUGACUCGGAAAUGGGCCGAAGACCAUGAGGUGCAGAACUGCAUGGCGUGUGGAAAGGGCUUCUCUGUCACUAUCAGGAAGCAUCACUGCCGACACUGCGGGAACAUCUUCUGCGCCGAGUGCUCCUCCAGGAACGCCCUGACGCCGUCGUCCAAAAAAGCGGUUCGAGUGUGCAACACCUGCUAUGAGGAGCUGCAGGGCUGACGUCACGCCGAAACCCCACGCAGCUGCAUCCCCCCAUCGCACAGUGCGCUGUACAUUACUUUGUGUUAAUUCACUUUUACUCUCACAGGUCCCUACUCAUCUGUUUUUCGCAUUGUCAUCGGCACAGAGUUUGUGUGAACCCACGGGUUAGGAAGGUGGACGAAGGGUAGCAUUAGCGCGCGUCUUACUGGGAGGUCUUUGUGCAGCAGGUGGGGCAGGACGUUCAGCAAGAGAGCAGCGGAGCGUAGCUCAUCGGAAUUGUACCGUGCCUUUACUGCCGAAGCGGCCCAGUCAGCGUGCGCUGCCGGGACUUGCCACCCACCACAGCGAUUUGUCCUUUAAUAGUCAUUUUUUCUUGCAGCACUAGCAGCAACAUGUGGGUUAUGUCAAACAGUGUAAACAAAAUAAGAUGUUAGAAUAGGUAUUAUGUAAGUUUUUAAUUUAAGGUGGGUACAAUACUGAAAAAGUUAAUUUGGUUGAAUUAAAACAGUUUGAUCAGGUGUUCUAUAGCAAAGAUUUGCUGACGGUGUGAUGACCAAAGAUGGGUGUCUCUCUCCAGUUGCACACUCUAGGUUCCCAUCUGCCAGGAGGUCUGUGACAAGUUUUCUCACUUUUUAUUUUAACUGCGUUUGGUCGUAUUUGCCAAUUUACACUAAAACUGUGGCACUUUCAGUCUCAGAUGUUUUAUAACCAGCAUUUUCUUGGAAUGUACAUUUUUGGGAAUGUACGAGAAUGUUGUCUACAAUUAUGUGUAGGUGUGGCUCAUUCAGCAAAGCUGCUCAAGACUCAUACAAAGUAUGUUUGUGUGUCUAUGGUGUCUCACGGAGAAACUCUCACUCAUUUAAAGCAAGAUGCUUGCAUUCGUACGAGACCCCAGCCCCCACUUGCUUUAGUUUCUGCGUUAAGGCAAUAAUGAUGGAGAUUCCCGAGGCUGCUGGAACAGGCGCGAUUGAUGCCGUUUCUCUUUGCACGCACGUAAUUGGCUCUCGCAGAACCCCAAAGCUGGCAUCCCGCUAACUUCAGCCUUUGCUUUCCUGUCAUUCCUGCUAAACCCUUUAAACAGAGCACUGUAAAUAUGCAGAAUUGGACUUUGGGUUGUGUUUGUGUUGUAUUCUUUUAUAGGACAUCUGCAGUCCAGCUGGCAGUGACAAGUCACUGAGGCUCCAGGAAGUUCAGCAGUUUGUUGCUUCUGCUUCCAGGUCAGUUGCAGUCUGGCACUGGUUGUGCUCACAAAGGUUCCCGUGCUUUAGGCCUGGUUCAACGCCCAUGUGAGAUAGUUGUUUGGCUGGGGAAUCUCCAGGGAAGUAGUGUCUGUGUUUGUCGAACCCUGUUUCACUUCCUCAUUGUAACAAGGGGAAGUUGCAUGCUCUGGGUUCUGCUUCUUAAACACUUUUGUCCUUGCAACCUUCUGGAACACAGGACAGUCCAAUAGACUCCUCAGUGCCAAGAUCUGUUUCUCACUUAUUUUUCUUUACUUAGCGCUAGAGGUAAUUUCAGGAAGACAGCGUCACAUUUCCAUACUCGACACGUAGUCUUGCCUUUUCUGACUUUUGUCACUUGCAGAUGAUGUUAAUAUUGUGGAAAAAAUGUCAGAUUGAAAUUUCUGUACAAAAGGAGGACAGCAACUCAUGUACAUUAAUUUAAAAAAAAAAAAAAAAAAA